CGUCCCUGACAAGAUUGGUGCGUUACCGGAGUUUGGCCGCCCCAUGUCCCGAAGCCGCUCUGGGACCUGGGUGCAGGUUAGGGCCUGAAUACUCUAACUCAUUUAUCAGCCCCACUUUCGGGGUGCAGGUGGGCCUUGCCCCCUUUUCCCUCGAAAGUCCUGGACGGAGAGGAGCCGUGCCCCAGAACUUCUCUCGGUGCCCAGAGGACUGUUUUACACGGAGCAGAAGCCCAAUAUUGGAUUCAGUGGCAGUACUAGAGUCUGCGGCUUUUAUUUUAUGAAAGUCUUUAGCUUCUACUCUCUUCCUCCUUCUCCGUCCACGAAACGGUGUACUCUCCCUUUAAGACUAAAAUGGUGGCUGGCUACGAUCAGGACUCCACUUCCGGUGGGGAGGGGGGCGGGACCCCAGCCCGCUCACGCCGGAAGUGGUUUGCGUUUUCAAGAUGGCGACUCCCUAUGUAACUGACGAGACCGGCGGCAAAUACAUUGCCUCAACACAACGACCCGACGGGACCUGGCGGAAGCAGCGGAGGGUGAAAGAAGGCUAUGUGCCCCAGGAGGAGGUCCCAGUGUAUGAGAACAAGUAUGUGAAGUUUUUCAAGAGUAAACCUGAACUGCCCCCAGGUCUGAGCCCCGAGGCCACUGCUCCUGCCACCCCAUCCAGGCCAGAAGGUGGCGAAUCAGGCCUCUCCAAGACAGCCAAACGCAACCUGAAGCGGAAGGAGAAGCGGCGGCAGCAGCAAGAGAAAGGCGAGGCAGAGGCCUUAAGCCGGACUCUCGAUAAGGUGUCCCUGGGAGAGACUGCCCCACUCCCCACGGCCCCGCAGGGCUCCCGGGCAGCCCCUGCAGCUGCCUCUGACCAGCCUGACUCAGCCGUCACCACCGAGAAGGCCAAGAAGAUAAAGAACCUAAAGAAGAAGCUUCGGCAGGUGGAAGAGCUGCAGCAACGGAUCCAGGCUGGAGAAAUCAGCCAGCCCAGCAAAGAGCAGCUGGAGAAGCUAGCGCGGAGGAGGGCGCUAGAGGAGGAGCUCGAGGACUUGGAGCUGGGCCUGUGAGGCCUUUGGGGAGCAGGGAAUGGACUGCAGAAAAAACCAUGGGGCUCUCUGGGGUCCUGGGGAAUGUGGGCAGCAGCAGUCAGGGGGGUACCCCCUCCCUACUGACUCACUUCCACUUCUCGUGGCCCAACUCCGUCCUCCAGAGCCUAGCCUCGCCGUCAUUCCUUCCCUCUUCU